AUGUUUUCUUUUUGCUCUUCUCUUUCUAUCUUUUUAUCUCACUUCUCUUUUAUUAUUCUUUUACUUUUUAUUUUUCUCUCUCUCACACACAACUCUCUCUCACUCUCUCACUUUAUUGUCUCUUACCUUUUUCCUUACUAUUCUCUCUCAAUUUUUCCCUUUGCUGAAUUUCUUUCUUUUAUUCGGCAGUUUUUUCUUCCGUUUCUUCUUCUUUUUCUUCUGUUUCUUUUUAUUCUCCAUUUGUUUUUUCAUCGGAUUUUGUUUCUUGUUUUAUUUUUUCUUCUUUUGUAUCUUAAUCUUUUUUCUUUUCUUUCUUCUUCUUUUGUUUUUUCUUCUUCUUCUUCUUUUCUUUCUUCUUUUCUUUCUUCUUUUUCUUCUGUUUCAUUUCUUUCUUCUUCUUCUUCUUCUUUUCUUUCUUCUUUUCUUUCUUCUUUUCUUUCUUCUUUUCUUCUGUUUCAUUUCUUUCUUCUUAUUAUUGUUCUUUUGUUUAUUCUUUUCUUUAUUCUUUGUGUUCUUUUUCUGUUUCCCCUUCUUUUAUUUCUUCUUCUUCUGUUUCCUCUUCUUCUUUUAUUUCUUCUUCUUUUGUUUCUUCUUCUUCUUCUUCUUCUUCUUCUUCUUCUUCUUCUUCUACUUUUCUUUCUUUUGUCUCUUCUUGUUCACUGCAUAUGA